AUGCUACUAUCUUUCAGAAGAACAUCUUACAAACUACGGAAUUUGAAAGAGAAGUUAUUGAAUAUCGAGAUUAAUUUUAAUGAAAGAAAUAGAUCACAUAUUAAUUUAAUCCUAAUCGUAACAUUGAUAUUAUUCAUUCUUUAUUACAUUUAUGAUUUUUUCUUGAACCCAGAAAAGACAUUUAGAAUUUUUCCUAAAGUUUACAAUAAUAUAGUGAAAAACGAAAUCGAAUGGUUGAAAAAUGAUAGUAGGUUAAAAGAAAAAUUCAAUAAUUUACAAAAUGAUAUACAAUCGCAGCAUGAUUUACUAGAUAUGGAGAUUUUACUUGAUAAUGUUGACUUCCCCUUGUCAAGUGAGUUUAUAAAUGACAAUGAAUUUACACCCUAUUCCUUGAAGACUUUUACUGAUCCUUUUCCACUUAUACAUGAUAAACCAAAAGAUUAUGAUUUCACAGAAACAUAUAUGUGUUCAGAAUUAGAAUAUGAAGAUUCAUUUGAAGUUACAAGACAAUCAUAUUUGGACUAUAAUUUAGUGGAAUUUUUGGAUAGUUUACGGAAAAUUAAAGCAUAUUGGAAAUUAGUCCAAUCAGCAAAAGUCAAAUUUAAUCCUCAAAUACCGGAAGAGAAGCAAUGGUUCAGAUUCGGUGGUUCAAGUGUUUGGAUUCCGGAAUUCAAAAUACAUUAUAUGGUUAGUCGGGUACUUUUUUCUCCACUGGGAAUUGCAAAUAAAGCUUAUGUUUCAUUUCUUUAUAUACAAAUAUAUGACGAAAACUGGAGGGAAUUACCCAAAAACACUAAACUUACUAUUCCAUUUGAAGAAUUUCCAAAAGUAAAUCAUAUGAAUUUAGAUGGUACAUUCACUAUAUAUCAAUCAAAGGGUAAAUUAAAUUUUAAGACUCUUGAAUUUCCCCAGAUUUUACCCAUUCCGAUUGAUUAUUCGAUGUCAACGCCCAAUGAAAAAUAUUAUUAUGGACCAGAAGAUCCAAGAAUUUUACUUCGAACCAACCCAUUAGGUUUCAACGAACCAUUAAUUGUUUUCAAUAUGAAAGACUUAAACUUAGUUAAAAGAACAAUGUUUUUAUAUCUACCAUUCUCAAACGACUUGAAAGUUUUGAAAAAAAGAAAAGAUCCUUACGCCAAAAUUGAAAAAAAUUGGACACCUUUUAUAAGUCCAUCACAAAAUUCCUUGAAUAAGAUAAAUUUCAUAUAUUCAAUUGUACCUUUGGAAGUUUUGGUUUGUGAUAUUAACACUGCUAUAUGUGAUUUUUUGCAAAAACCUAAACAUAAGAAAAAAGAUUAUGUUGGAGCAUUAAGAGGUGGUUCUCAAUUAAUUCCAUUACCUUUAAAUAAGCUUUUACCUUCUAGAGUAUUGGAAGAUCAUUUUAAAUUUUCUAAACACAGGCAAAUAUUUUUGGGUUGGGCAAGAGCUCAUUUAAAUAAAUGUGGAUGUGGAGAAUCGAUGUAUAGACCAAACAUGAUCAUACUAAUUGAAGAUUUCAAUCCAGAAACUGAAAAAUUUUAUUAUAAACUUGGUGAUGUAUCUGAAUAUGUAGAUUUUGGAGCAUAUGUGCCACCAUGGGUUACCUCAAAUUUUGAUUCCAACUCGGGUACUGUGAUUGAAGAAGUAUUGGAUCCAAAACAAUGUGAAGGUAGAAAUGUUUUAAUACCAAAUUCAAUAGCAUAUUGGGAAAUAUUAAGCAUGAAACAAAGCAAUAAAGUAAUUACAAAAUUACAAGAUAUAGAUUUGAAAAAUCAACACAAUUUACAAUUUGAUGAUUAUAUGGGAAUAACAUUAUCAGCAGCAGACAAAGAUGUUUCAAUAGUUCACAUUAAAGGUUUACUAAAUUAUUUGAUGAAAUUACCUAGCUUGUUUGAUACAGACAAUAUAAUUUUAGAUGAUGAGAAAUUUAAUAUAAGGGGUAGUGAUUGGAAUAAUAAAUGUGCUAUGAUGGCUUCAAAAGAAUAUUGUAAAAAUUAUGCCAUAAAUCAUGGAGUAGUAUUUGAGGAAGAAGAAGAUCCAAGUCCGGGAGAAUAA